AUGCAGGAGCAAUCUGGCGUGCUCGGACAGCCAGGGCGAUCGCGCAUGAAGGACCCGGCCAAGGCGGCGGCCGGCGCGGCCGUCGACUGCGCUGUGAUAUGUUGCUGCUGCCCCUGGGGGCUCGCCAAUCUGCUGGUCCUCGCGGUGGUCAAAGUACCGGCGCACCUAUGCCGGCGGGCCUUCCGAAAUGGGAGGACCAAGAUCAACAAGUACAGAACCGCCGCAUCCGGUAGGGGCAAUAACCGCGACGGCGACGGCGACGACGACGACGACGAUCUGACGGCGGCGGCGCCAGACGCGAAGGGGCUGCUUCUGGCGAGGGAGAGGAGUUGGGGCACCCCCAGGUCGGAGGCGUCGCUGGAGAGAGAGGAGGAGAUUUGGAAGCCCUUCUACGCGACGGGCUUCUGGCGAACGCUCUCUCAGCAGGGGUCCGAGUCCUCUCCGAUCCGGUGA